CCCCCCCUCACCCCGCUCGCUCUUCACUUUCUGAGGAGUUGCGGCCGCUCGCGACCCCCUGCGUUCAGGAGGCGCUCAGUGGAGCGGCGGGAGCCGCGGCAAAAGGAUGCCACGAAGAAAGAAAAAAAUUAAAGAAGCCUCUGAAAGCCAUAACUCAGAGAAGAAGGAUCGAGAAACCACCAGUCCCGUCAGUAUAAAGAAGAAGCGUAGACUUGAGGACGUAUUCAUAGUGAUAUCUGAUAGUGAUGGAGAGGAAGCAAAAGAAGAGAAUGGAUUGCAGAAAAUGAAGACAAAACAGUCGAACAGAUCAAAGUGUUUGGCUAAAAGAAAAAUUGCACAGAUGUCAGAAGAAGAACAAUUUGCUUUGGCUCUCAGAAUGAGUGAGCAGGAAGCUAGGGAGGUAAACAGCCAGGAGGAGAAAGAAGAGGAGCUCUUGAGGAAAGCCAUUGCUGAAAGCCUGAAUAGUUGCUGGUCUUCUGAUGCUUCUGCUACCAGUUCUCAACCUUUGGCUAUUGGAUCAUCUUCACAUUCCCAUCAAGAGAACACCAAAGAUUCUGGAACCACUGAAGGCAUAUCGCAGCUGUUACCUCCAUCACUGUUUAAAGACUCACAUAUCAGUCAGGGAAACGAGGCUGAGGAAAGAAAAGAGCCCUGGGACCACAAUGAAAACACUGAAGAGGAGCCGGUCUCUGGCAGCUCAGGAAGCUGGGACCAGUCAAGCCAGCCAGUAUUUGAGAAUGAGAGCGUUAAAUGUUUUGACAGAUGUACUGGCCACUUGGCUGAGCACACAAAGUGUGGGAAGCCCCAGGAAAGUACUGGGAGUGGUAAUGCUUUUCUCAAAGCUGUCCAGGGUAAGGGGGACACAUCUAGGCAAUGUCUUCCUACCCCAACAGACACCAAAGGUCUCCAGGACAAUGGGGGCACUGUGCACUACUACUGGGGUAUUCCAUUUUGCCCUGCUGGAGUAGAUCCUAACGAAUAUACCAGUGUCAUUCUCUGCCAGUUGGAGGUUUAUCAGAAGAGCCUGAAAAUGGCUCAGAGGCAGCUUUUUAAAAAAAGAGGGUUUGGGGAACCAGUGUUACCUAGACCUCCUUUUCUGAUCCAGAAUGAAUAUGGCCAAGAAGAUGAGACUAGUGAAAAAAAUGAAGGCAUCUCAGAAGAUAUGGAAGAUGAAGCCAAAGAGGAAAGGCAGGAAUCUAGGGCAUCUGUCUGGAACUCAGAAACCAAGGAUUUUCAAAAAAGUUCAAUUAAAAGCUUGAAACAGGAACUUUUGUUGGAGGAAGAACCAACAACCAGUCAUGGUCAGUCUUCCCAAGGUCUAUUUGUUGAAGAAACUUCAGAAGAAGUUCUGAAGAGUUCUGAAGAAGGAAAUUGUGUGCCUAUCUCACAAAGCAUUGCAACUUUGGCCAAUAAGAGAAGCUUAGUCCUUAUGCCAGAGAGUUCUACAGAAGAAAUUACUGUUUGUCCUGAGACACAGUUAAGUUCCCCUGAGCCCCUUGACCUCAAUAGAGAAGACUCUCCAGAUAGCAGCGAGGUCUCUAUUGAAGUAAGAAGGACAGUGAGUGAUAAGCAGGUUGGUAAUAGAGAAAAUGGUGAGAAAGCAAUUCCCACUCCUGCAUUCUCGUCUAGUACCCGGGUGUCCUGUCCACUGUGUGACCAAGACUUUCCUCCCACAAAGAUUGAACAACAUGCCAUGUACUGCAAUGGUCCGAUGGAGCAGGAAACAGUGUUGACUCGGAAACGGAGAGAGGCCAGGAACAAAAGUGACAGUAAGACAUCUACACGGACUGCCCUGGACAUCAACAAGAAGGAGAAGUGUUAUCUAUGUAAGUCCCUGGUCCCACUUGGAGAGUAUGAGUGUCAUGUAGAGGCCUGUCUCCAGCUUGCAAAGGGAGAUAGAGGAGAUGGAACUGAAGUGGGUAAGAGAACCAGAGUGUAUGCAACUGUGGAAGGCAAACAGCAGCAACAGCUGAGGAAGCCAAAGGACAAAGACCACAGUCAAGGCCGACUGCUCAGUCUCUUGGAACAGUCUGAGCACAAGACCACAGGUGUAGAGAAAAAAACCAAGUCUUCAGAAGCAAGAACCUUCAAGAUACCUUCACCAGAGGUGGAAGAGGCUAGCUGCAGCAGAGAGAUGCAGAGUUCCCUCUCACAGCUCAACUUAAAUGAGUCUCCUAUUAAGUCUUUUGUUCCUGUUUCAGAAGCCACAAAUUGCUUAGUGGACUUUAAAGACCAAUUUACUUUUCGGUCACGGACCAAAUCAGGCAGAGGAAGGAGGAGAAAAUCUUGAAUUUCUUGGGACUGGAGGUUGACCGGAAUUAUUAUUGUUGGGUUGGUCAUGUUCAUUAAUUAUAGUGGUCCCUAGUUUGUUGUGAGAGUUUUGACCCUGUUGUUUUUACCACCAGCACCCACUCAGCAUCCUGAUUUUUAUGUUUUAUAAGAUACAUUGAGACCAUUGUAAAUAGUAUUGUUUUACAGCAUUCUGUUUGAAUUUACCUAUAGUUAAAAUUUAAAUAUAUUUAUCUAUGUUUGUAUGAAAUCUUCUUCAAUAUGUGAAGAUUUUUAUAUUUUUGUCAUGAGCUUUGGACUGGGGAUUUUUUGUUUUGUUUUUCUUUUUCUUUUUCUAGACAGGAUUUCUUGUAUAGCUUUGGAGCCUGUCCUCUGUAGACCAAGCUGGCCUCGAACUCAAAGAGAUCUGCCUGCCUCUACCUCUUAGUGCUGAGGUUAAAGGUGUGAGCCAGCACCGCCCGGCUUCCUCUGGAAUUUGUAAGUGAACACUGUUGUGUUAGUUCAUUCCUAUGCAGUUUUUUCAAAGUGGAUUUACCGGUGGGUGUACCAGACACAAUUAUCUGUUUAAAUCAAUUUUUUUUUCUUUUGCUGCUACAGGUCAUGUGGCAGCAGUAAAUUGGGAUUCAGUGGAAAUACCAGAGCAGUCCCCAGUCUCUACAGUGUUGCCUGAGCCCUUCCAGUGCAGAGUAGAGAUGUGGUUUAUCCUUAGUGUCCAGGUGGACCCAAAGUGAGAGACUCAAAUAGCAGAAGUAACUAACCAAAGGAGACAGUCAAACUAAAGAACCAGCUUUGGCUCUAGCUGAUGGACAGUCUAGUGAAAGAGACUCUUAAGUGGGUGUUAACAGUACAGGAUUUUUUUUUUUUUAAGACAAGGUUUCUCUGUAGCCUUGGCUGACCUGGAACUCACUCUGUAGACCAGGUUGGCCUUGAACUCACAGAGAUCCUCCUGCCUUUGCCUCCUGAGUGUUGGGACUAAAGGUGUAUGCCACCACUGCCUGGCAGCAGUACAGGAUCUCAGACCAGGGUAAACUAAUACACAACUCAGGUGCCUAACUUCUGAUUUAUCAUAUCUAAAGCUGUCUUUGAUUUUAAGAUGAAAGUGAGAUGUAUAUCACACUGAGGCAUUCAUACACAACUGGAUUGGAAGACUUAGUACAGACAUUAGGGCACUACUAUCUCAUACUGUUUGCACACAAACGCUUUGAGUUAUAGUCAAGAUGGAAAAUAUCAGUUCCCACCACAAAUGUCUUGCUCUUGGAUGGUGCCAAGACUAUGACCAGCAUCACACAUAUCUGUUGUUUUUUGUUCAGUCACCACAGUCCAGACAAUAUAUGUACUGCCAUUUGAUCCUCAUAGAAACUUGUUAUAACCAACUCUGAAAUGAGGAACCAGAUGGAGAGGAACAAGUUAAAAGACUGCACCCACGACUGUGAGACUAGUCAUGAGUUCUUCAUUUCUAGAGAAAAACCUUGUGCUUUUGACAUAAGUGCUAACAGAUUUCUUGUUUUUCCAUAUACAGUCAAUCAGUAUAACCCUCACUUAUAGCUCUCAUUAAAUAGUCACUUGGAAGGUAACUCUCUAUAAAUGGUAUAGUUGAUAUUUCUGUAUAUGAGGUUGAAUGAAAGUGCUGCUUCUAGAAUGAGGUUAUCUUAAAAUUGAGCAGACUCUACAGAAUGGGGGCCAUUGGCUAAGGAUAUGGAUUAGCUAGACCAGGAAUUCACAGCACAAAUGGGACUCAAGGAAGGAGAAGACCUCCCAACCCCCACAGUUGCUUUUUUGUCCAAUUUGUUGUCUCUGUGCUAUAGUCUGAUAGUAGAUGCAUUAAUCAGAGUGAAGAGACAGUCAUGACAGAUCAAUCUUGCUUCUGAAACAAGUUGCUCACCCUCUCUUGGACUUUGUAAAAUGAGAAAAAUAUUAAAGUGUUCUAAGUAUUGAUAACUUUAUUAUUAUCAUUUUUUUGAGACAGGGUUUCUCUAAGUAACAAGUCCUGACUGUUCUGGAACUCACUCUGCAGACCAGGCUGACCUCAAACUCAGAUCCACCUGCCUCUGCCCUCUGGAGUGCUGGGAUUAAAGACUUGUGCCCCCACUGUCUGGUGACAGACUGUUUAUAAAGAAUCUAAACACACUUGCUACAGAUGUGUAGUGUGGCAGCAACUGUUACUAAGGUCACUCUACUUUUGUAUGUCAUAAGUAGUGUUGCAGUAUGAGGUGGAAGGGCCAGAGAGAUGGUCUGCAGCUGUAAGAGGAGUGAGCAUACUGGGCACCUACCCAUGACUCACACGUCACAGGACGCCUGGUUCUUAGACACUUAGCUUUUCUGGGGUUUUAGGUGUAGGAGGAGGCCACUUGUCUGUCCUAGCCACCUAGAACCAAAACAACCACACAGAAACUAUAUUAUUUAAAACACUGCUUGGCCCAUCAGCUCUAACUUCUCAUUGGCUAACUCUUACAUCUUAAUUUAACCCAUUUCUAGUAAUCUGUGUAUUGCCACAUGGCUGUGGCUUACUGGCAGGUUUCCAACCGGUGUCUUUCUGGCGAGGGGGGGGAUGACUACAUGGCUUCUAACUGACUCUGCUUUCUUUCUCCCAGCAUUCAGCUUCAUUUUCCCUGCCUAACUCUGUUCCCCUAUAGUUCUGCUAUAGGCCCAAAGCAGUUUUUUUUCAUGCAUUAACCAAUAAAAGCAACACAUAGACAGAAGGACCUUCCACAUCACUUAGAAUACUUAGAAUUCUCUGGGUGGUUUUUCUGAAAGAUUGCCAGCUCAUGGAGAAUUUGAAAGCUCCACAAACUAAAUAAGUUAGUGCUAUAAACUUGGGAAGGAAGAGAUUUUUAUUUAACAACAUCAUAGCUGUGCUGUAUUCAUUUUGUCUUUAUCAGAGUCCUCUAUCAGAGGCUGUGCCAGGCCCACUUCUGGGCAGUUACCCUUCUAUAGACUCUACUCACAGGGCUUUCCUACAGAUACUUGUAACUGUGUGAGAAGGUGUCCCUUGGUUUCUGUUGAUACAAGCUGGAAGUGCCAAGAACUUAUACUUUGGUGCAGCUCUUAGCCAAUGAAAAUAAAAGUUGGGGUAUAUAAGUAACCCAUAUUUUUCAUGUGUCAGGUAGAACAGCUGAGACACAUUUACCAUUUUCUCAGGGAUCCCCUUAUAGGGUUGGAUCACCAUAGCACCCAUAAUAGCUUAAAUGUGUGGACUGUCUUGGCUUCUUUUUCUUGCUCUCUGACUUCCAAAUUCCCUCAUACCAGGAAUGAGGAGGCCCUCACUUUUGGGUUCAUGUAAGUGCAGGGUGAGCACUUGUAUGAGCCUUAGAGGACUCUACAUUCAGCAUUCUAUCUACCUCACUUUCAUCAUCUUAAUCUCAACUCUAUUUUAGAACCUUCUGGAAUACAAUAUAUGAUUAGUUCUCUAAUUCUGGGGAACCCAACCUGUAAGUAGACAUCUUGAGUCUACUUAAAAAAAGAUAAAAAUCUGGUCAUAAUGAUGUGUAACUUUAACUCCAGCACAAGGAGGCAGAGGCAAGUAGCCUUAUAAGUUCGAGUUCAAGGCCAGUCUGAUCUCCAUAAUUCGAGGAUAGCCAGGGGUGUAUAGGGAAACCCUGUCUCAAAGAAACCAAAGAUAAACAUCAGGUCACACAGAAGUAGAGCCGAGGAAUUCUGGCAGCACUUGUCAUAAGCAUGACUCAUAGCUGGACCUUUGAUACUCUAUUGCAUAUUCUACUUCAGUGAAACAAAGUUGAGAGACUAUAAUCCCUGGAUAGACAAGAUGCUGUGUUGUGGGUGAUGCCAUUUGCCAUUUUGCCCUCCCCAGCAUCAUCUUUUACCUCCUUACCUUUCACUGCCUAUGUGGCUAGUUGGUAUCCAAUAAAUGUACAGCAAGCCUGUUGUUUACAGGUCUAAAACAAAUCCUGUGGAGAAAUUAUGUUUUAUACUUGGAAUAUUCAGACUCAAGCUAGCAAGAUGGUUCAGCAGGUAAAGUGCUUGCUGCAUCAGCCUAAUGACCUGGGUUCAACCCACAAAACCCUCUGAGGUCCAUAUGUUUACCGUGGUGUGUACUUCUAAACACCCAUAUCACAUACACAAUAAUAGAAGCAACAACAACCUAGGUCUGUCUGACAUCAAAGUUCCUGCUAUCUUUAUUGUCUGUAUUGUCCCUGAUCUUCCAUUGAGUCACAAAAUGGAUGACUAAAAAUUUGAGCUUUGGAUGGGCUCCUUGCCUUUAUCCUUUGGUUGAUGUUAGCCUAUGUGAACUGGGGAGAGUUGAAAUGAAAAGUUGGUUACCAGUGGAAAGAUGGGACAUUGUAGACACUCACGUAAGGAAGAGUGCUGAAAUCGUGCACCAGAAGGGGGAAGAAGUUGCUUGCUUGCUGUUUCAAAAGCCCUGGGCUGUUGGGGGAGGGCUCUUCAGUUUAGCAAAAGAUAACUGAUACUUACUCCAUAUCAGGUCUAGAACUCGGUCCCAAGGCUGUAAAGGUGUGUAAGAAACAUGAGAACCUACAGUUGAGCAGUAAACAGAUGAUUUUAAUAAAUACAGUGAUCUGACCCCAAGCUGGGGUCAGAGCUGGGCCUAACUCGUGAGCAGAGGGAGCCCCACUGCUGUUGAUAACUGAACUGUAAUUUAAAGAUGAAGGUUAGAGAAGCCAGUGGUGUCAGUAGUAUACUAUAUUAUAUAUAGUAUCAGUAUAUUGUCAUUAUAGACAAAGGCACACGAAUAGACAGCAGAAGCAGUGCAGUGCCUGUGAGAGCUGCGGGGCAUACCCAAAGCAUGAAGGGAAUGAAAGGUGAUGAACUAGGGGCCUAGCUGGCUGACAGGAGCAAGCUCAAAGCAAGGAGAGCCUGGCCUUGCAGCUCAGCAGUAAUAUUCUAGUUUUGCUAUGUUCGGCUCUUCCCAUUCUACAGUUGCUUCUGAUGGCUGAAGCUAAGGGGUGAUGAGGGGACCUUGUCAGGACAUGACUUUCCCUUGCUGGUCAGUGUCCAUCUGGUGUGUGCUUAAGUAUUGCUGGCAAGUGCUGUGCCCGUUACAGACAGGAUUGGCCCAAAUGUUCAGACUGCUAGAACAUUUGGCCUUCUCCACUGGCCUUGAUUUUAGGAGGCCUAUGGCACACCCCACGACUAGGUGAAAUGAAAACAGGACUUUCAAGCCAGACAGUGGUGGCACACACCUUUAAUUCCAGCACUUGGGAGGCAGAGGCAGGCGGAUCUCUUAGGUUUGAGGCCAGUGUCGUCUACAAGAGUGAGUUCCAGGACAACUCGGACUGUUACACAGAGAAACCCUGUCUUAACCCCCCCCCCCAAAAAAAAUAGGACUUUCAGAAUCAGGGACAAGGAGUCAUGAAAAUAACUCCCAGGAGCCUAUCUUGCUGACUCGAAACUGCAGCUGUGAAGAGUCACAGCUAGACCUUUCUCACUCAGUUUCAUGCUCUCCCCCAACUAAACAAAGCUAAGGGGUCUGGAGCCUCAGACUCAGCACGGUGUUGUGUUGUAGAUGAUGGUCAGUUUGCUUUCCCUAACGUCAUUCUUGACCAUCUUUCAUAGCCUUUAUGUCUGGCUGGUAUCCAGUAAACUGCAGGCAGGGCUGCGCCUGCCAUGUGUGUAGGUUUAAUCACAGCAAACCUGCCACAGGAGCCACCUCUGUUCAUCUGUGUCCUGAGAGGCCUUCACCAGCGGAUAAUAGUGUGACUGCUAAUGUAGCAGCCUUCAGUUUUAAUGCACUCGCCAGUUUGCCUGAGUUGUAACAGGCACUUAGAAGCUGUGUUUAUUAGGCAUUGUGUCUGACUCCUGCUUUCUCUGCACGGGCAUGCUAAUUACUCGAGGGGUGUAUGUAUCUCUAACCUGGUGGUUCUUCACCUUCCUAAUGCUGCAAGCCUUUAAUAGAGUUCCUCAUGUGGUGACCCCAACCAUAAGAUUAUUUUUGUUGCUGCUUUAUAACUAAUUUUGCUACUGUUAAGAAUUAUAAUGUGUUUUCUGAUGGCCUUAGGCAACCCCAAUGAAAAGGUUGUUCAACCUGCAAAGGGGUCAUGACCCACAGGUUGAGAACCGUUCCUCUAACCUCUCUCUUCCUUCAAAGCUGAAGGCACAAGGUUAAGUAGUUGUCCUAAGCCCGUCAUCUUGUGUCAUCUUGUAUCUAGCAACAGCAAAGUCUCUGAGGACAGCACCUUCCUCUCAAACAAUCAUGACAUCUAUGAUACAGAAGCUACACCCCAAAGCAGACCUUCUGGUAGAUUUCAGACUGGCCUUCUUGGAUGACAGAACAACUUACCAGUCCACCUUGCAGAAUCAGAACUGAGAGUGGUGGGUGGAACCACACCUUCAUCAAGACUGCUAAAUUAUGCAUAUCUCUUGACUGUUCCAAUUCUUUCACUGUUUGAAGACAGAACUCUUCUAAGUACCCUAACGAGAAUCGUGGAGGACACUGGGCCCUUUAUCUGUCCCUCUUCUAAUGCACACUACUUUCCAUCUCACCUGUGGACAUCUUCAUGAGGCUGUGAGAACUGUAUGUCUGACCACUGGCUGUAUGCAUGCAUUCUUUGUGAAAGGACUUCUUUAACUUGCCCUGCUCACUCCUGCAGAGUCAUGAUGGCCCUUCCUCUUCGUUUCCCACAUUGUUGCUUACAUGUUUACUUGCUACAUUUUGAAAAGUUGCCAAUUGCAACCACAUAUUUCCAGGCAUGUCUCUGCUUCUUUCCAAGGAACUUUAACACUUCAAAACUUAGUGUUCAUAAAAUAAACAGAG